AUGUGCUCCGCCAUGAAUGCCAAAAGGGACAGAGUUGAGCACUACAGAACCUACACCGAAGCCUUGCUCCAAAGCUUCUACAAGCUCAAGCAGACGACAAGAGACCAUGUCGACCAUGUGUACAGCUUGACUAUGGGCCCACAAGCUCCUUCCACACUGGACUCGUAUAUGGGAAUUUUGAGGGCUCUUGAAUUCCUCGGGGCCGGCAUAGGCGCAGUAGACCCCAAGAGUCUGCUCAUAUCCUUCGUCUAUGAAAGAAACAAGCCGAUAUUCGACCUCGUUCAGGACUUUAACCCCUCUGAACUGGAAUGCCAGGCGGCGAGGAGUAUUUGGGGAUUCCAUGAGCUCAAAGUAAUCACAGCGAAAUGGAUGCAGGGGAAGGACGAGGAUCAAUUGGUACUGAUGGGGUCGUUUGCGAUGGGCCUCUCUGACGACGAUGCCAGCACAACGCCUCGUCACGUCUCCCCCAAGGACCGACAGUUCGCAAGCAAGGCCGUCCUUAAGCGGGUAUGGGACCAAAACAGGACACAGAGACCAUACAUCCGACUUGUGCGCUCGCUACACCUGCUCGGACUCCUUGAAAAAGGUGAAGAGCCUUAUCUACAAAGGUGGCUAAGGGAGAAGACCGGACUGAAGACGGGCCAGUUAUUAGACUAUCCUUGGGAUCUAUCACAUCUAGAGCUCGUCGGGGCCAAGGCCGCGAAAGAACGGGCUCGGAGGUCGGCAGGCCCGCACAGAGGGACCAACACCCAUGGAGGAGGCCAUACAAGGAACAAGGAGGCACGGACGCAGGUGCAGAGUGAGGGCGUUCACGCAAAACUCAAGGAGCUCCUGGAGUCCGGGGAGGAAGUAGGUGCUUGCAUCACAGUGAAAAUCGAUGGCAAGGAUGUGGAGGACGAGGUCGACGAGGACGACGAGGAAAUGGAGGAAGUGGAGGAAGUGGUUCGAGCUGACUUUUCAGCUAAACCUGGCGACCCUACAGCUUUGAGGCUGUUCCAAGCUGUCAGAAAGGCGCGUGAAACUGCUAAGGGGGCGAACAAAGAGGUCGUAAAGGCCUACGAAACUGUUGCUUGGACGUCCGCAGAACUGAUGACACACUUGGCCAAAGGAAAGGACCAUACUGACGGCUCUUUUGGUUCGAAACGACACAUUGAGGGCCCCCGGCAGAUGAUUUAUCCAUGGAGGAGUACCUAA